GACAGAGGAGUUGGUUGUUGUGGCCUGUUCGUAAGCCGGCUGGUAACCCCCCUCUCCUGUCGACGUUCCCCCUUGGGCAACUUUGGGCUGGAGCAUGAGGAAUUUGGGGCGGCAGUCGUCGCAGGGAAUGUACCGAACCUCUUUCGCGCUCUGGUGUCGAGGAUGGCUGCAAAUUGAUGUUUUCAUUUUCCAUUUUUUUUCUUUGUUUUUUAUUUUUCCUUUUGCAUUUGAUGCAUGUCUGCAGUUGUGCGUGGUGCGUAUAGGUGGUUGUCCGUUUCACGUCGACAAGUGCUCAAUGUCAUCCUGGUUUAUAUUCCUGACUGCUCUCCCUCUGACCAGUUCUAACACAUAGAUUACACGGCCGAAAGCGGGAAGUCGACAGUCGGGCUUUGGCGUUUUCCCUCGUCUGAUAUGUCAGGUCAGGUCCAGACUCCUUUAUCACUGCAUGAGACAUAAGAUGCAGGCUCGAUCAGACAGCAG